AUGUUAUCAACUCAAAAUGAUAAUAAUAAUACAACACAACCAACACCAGCACCAACACCAGUACCAGCACCAGCAACAGUAACUUCACCAACACAACAACAACAACAACAACAACAACAACAACAACAACAACAACAACAACAACAACAACAACAACAACAACAACAACAACAACCAACACCAACAACACCAACUACAGCAGCACCACCUAUAACAGUUGCACCACCUAAUAUUAUACAACCAACAGCACAAAAUAAUAAUAAUAAUAAUAGUGGUAGUAAUACACCACCAUUAACACCAGAAUCAUUAACUAUUUUAGUUAAUAAAUAUUUAAAUAAAACUCUUAGUGAUUGUUCAAAGAAACAACAAUCAAUUAAAGAUGAAAUUAAAAUAAUAUUUGAAUAUUUAAAAGCAAAUCCAACUUUACUCACAAAGAAUGAAUCAUUCACAGCACCAUCACUAAGAUUAAAUCCACAAUGGACUAAAUUUCUCGACCAUUUAGCAACAAUCUAUAAAUUUGCUUUCGAAUCAAAAAGUUCAAAAUUAAUUGUAUCAUCCGUUGAUUUUAUAGAGAAAUUAAUUUCAGGUAGUUAUAUUUUAAGUGGUAUGAUUGAAAAUGGUAAAAUGAUAAUUGAUAAAUUUAUAGAACCAACAUUAUAUCAUUGUGCAGAUAUUUCAGAUGAAAUGACAUUAGUUCAAGUUACUAAACUAGUUCAUACAGUAGCAUCAAAAUUCCAUAGACAAACAUUAUUAUAUAGUUUUAAAACUUUAUUCUAUAUUCAUAUCAAUAGUAAACCAUCUUCAAAUUUAGCAAUUGCAUCAAAAACUUCAAUCACUCAAAUUAUAAAUCGUACUUUUAAAAGUUUUAAAACUAAACCAAAUACAAUAAUAACAACACCAACAAAACAACAACAACCACAAUUACAACCACAACCACAACCACAAACUGUAUCACCAUCAACUAAUAAUAAUAAUAAUAAUCCAAUUCCAAUUUCUUUCUCUGAUUUACAAUCACCAACACAAAAUUCAACAACAACAACAACAACAACAACUACUACAACCACAACAGCAUCAAAAGAACAGGUUAAUGGUAUUACCGAUGAUAUUGUAAAUAAGGAAGUAGAGCCACAAUCAACACAAACACCAACUCCAACUCCAACACCAACACCAACACCAACAACAACAACAACUACACAACCACCACCAAUAAAUAAUCAAGAACAUGAAUUAAAUUUAAAAGAUUCAAUAUAUUUAUUUAGAUUAUUAUGUGAUUUAUCAUUAAAAGAUAUUUCAGAUUAUGAUUCACCAGAAGUUAAAGUUAGAAUAUUUUCAUUAGAAUUAAUUUCAAAUAUAUUUGAUGAUUAUGGCAGAUUUAUAAAACAUUAUCCAAGUUUUAUAAAUUAUGAAAUUCGUGAAGGUUUAUUCCCAUCAGUAUUGAAUUCAGGAUUUUCAUCACAUAGUACAAUAUUUAGAUUAUCAUUGACAUUGUUUUUAUCUAUGGUUGUACAUUAUAGAGAUUAUUUACGUGAUCCGAUUGGACAGUACUUUACAUUGAUUGUAUUGAGAGUAUUGGAGAGUCCAACAUCGACUUUACAACAACGUUGGAUGGUGUUGCAAGUGUUGGCUAGAAUUUGCGAGAAUUAUCAAAUACUUGUAGACUUUUAUAUAAAUUAUGAUUGCAAUUUAUCGUCAAAGGAUAUCUUUCAAAAGACAAUUGAAAGUUUAUCAAAGAUUGCCCAAUUAAUCAUUCAAGAGAAUAAAAUCAAUGAUUUAAAAGUAAAGAACUCUGCAUUGGAAUGUCUAACAUCAUUGACUAAGGCAUUGUCAGAGGGCAUUAAUUUACAAAAAGAGAAUCUUCAAUUGAAACUAUCACAAAUCCCAUCGGAUAAUAAAUUCAUUAAACAAAAGGAAUUCAAAUUAUUAAUCGAAGAGGGUAAGAGAAAGUUUAAGAUUUCACCAAAACGUGGUAUUGAAUUCUUUUUGAAAAUCGGUGCCACCGAAAGGGAUGCUGCAAAAUGUGCAAAGUUUUUAAGAGAAACUGAGGGAUUGGAUAAGGUUUCAUUGGGUAUUUAUAUCUCUGAGAGGGAGGAUUUCAAUAUCGCCGUGUUAAAUCAUUAUACUGAGUUAUUCAAUUUCAGUGGUUUCACAUUGGAUGGCGCUUUACGUUACUAUUUAUCUCAUUUUAGAUUAGUUGGUGAAGCUCAAAAAGUUGAUAGAUUAAUGGAAGUUUUCUCAAAGAAAUAUUUCGAUGAUAAUGAUGCCACUGAAUCGGGUGGUACCAAUAUAGUGGUCAAUAAAGAUUCAGUAUUCAUUUUAGCAUUUGCUACAAUCAUGUUGGCAACUGAUUUACAUAGUAGUUCAAUUAAAAAUCAUAUGUCAAAACAACAAUGGUUAAAAAUGAAUUCUAAAAAUAAUGGUGGUGCAGAUUAUGAUGAACAAUUUUUAUUAGGUAUUUAUGAUCGUAUCUCUUCUGAACCUUUAAAAUUAAAAGAAGAUGAUCUCCCAACUCCAACUGUUAAUGGUAGCAAUAAUAAUGGUGAUGGUAGUCCAGAUGAUUUUUCAAUUAAAAUUAAAAAUAGUUUUCCAAUUGAUGACCCACCAAAUAAAGGUCAAUUUCAAAAAUUACCAUUCGAUCAUGGUAAUUUAUUAGAGAAUUUAAAAUUUAUGAUGGAUGUAAGUUGGACACCAAUCUUGGCAGCAUUAUCAACUGUAUUAGAGAAUACUGAAGAUCCAAAAGUGAUUCAAGUUUGUUUAGAAGGUUUUAAAUAUUCAAAUAAUUUAUUAUGUCUAUUAGAUAUGUCAAUGGAACGUGAAGCUUUCAUUUCAUCUUUAUCAAAUUUUACAAUCUCUGAAAAGAGUAAAGAAUUAAAACAAAAAAAUAUGGAUUCAUUACAAAAAUUAAUUUUAAUUGCACGUAUUGAUGGUGAUCAUUUAGAAAAAUCUUGGUUACCAGUAUUAAAAUCAAUUUCCUUCUUAGAAAGAUUAAGAGUUUCAUAUUUAGGUGUUGAACAACAACAACAAUCAAAUUCACAACAACAACAACAACAACAACAACAACAACAACAACAACAACAACAACAACAACAACAACUGCAACCAAAUUCACAACAACAACAACAACAACAACCAUCAUCACAACAGCAACAACAACAACAACAACAGCAACAACCACAACAGCAACAACCACAACAACAAUCACAACAACCAACAAAUUUACAACAAAAUAUACAACAACAACAACAACAACAAAAUAUACAACAACAACAACAACAACAACUUGAUGGUAGUGGUAGUAGUUCAAGUGGAUCAGUUAAUUUAAAUUCAUCAUAUAGUGGUUUACAAAAUAAUUUAAUAAGUGGUAAUAAUUCAAAUAAUAAUACAGGUAAUAAUACACCAACACAAUCAAGUUUAAAUACACCAAUUCAAUUAGUACCACCAAAGAGAUCAAUUAGUACAACAGAAUUCUUUUUAGGUGUUAAAACUCAUCAGCGAAGUAAUUCAAAUUUACCAUCGAUUGAAGGUAUUAAUAUUGAUCAAGUUUCAAAAGAAUUGGAGACUGCAAAUCAUUUAUUCGUAAAUUCAAGUAGUUUAACUAACGAAGCUAUAGUACAUUUUGUUGAUUGUUUAGCAUCGGUAUCAAUUGAUGAAUUGAAAUUAGCAAGUCCAUCAAUAUUUUCUUUACAAAAAUUGGUAGAGGUUUCAUAUUAUAAUGCAAAUAGAAUCAGAUUGUUUUGGUCAAUCAUUGCAGAACAUUUCACAAAGAUUGGCUGCACUUAUCCUGAUAAUGUUUAUAUUUCAUCGAUGGUAAUUGAUUCAUUGAAACAAUUGGCUCAGAAAUUCUUGGAUUUCGACGAGGAUCCACAACAGGAACCUUCACAAAAGGAUUUCUUAAAACCAUUGGAGACCAUUUUCAGUCAUAACCAACAUCCAGAUGUUAGAGAGUUAAUAUUGAAAUGUAUUUUCCAAUUGACCAAUGGUAGGAAUUCAUUGAUCAAAUCUGGUUGGAAACCGAUUUUCACAAUUUUCACACUAUCUUCAUCUUCAAAUGACUCUUUGAUUGCAACACAAGCUUUUGAUUUCGUUGAUGAAUUAAUUAGAGAUUUUUCAAAUAUUUCAGAGACUUUCUUUAUCGAUUAUGUUAAUUGUCUCUCAAGUUAUGCAAAUUCACGUCAUAAGGAAUUACCAAUCAAGGCAAUCGAUAUUCUAAGUUAUUGUGGUGUUCAAUUGGCAAAUGGUAGAGUUUGCGCUUUGGUUAGAGAGGAAGGUGCCUCUGCAAACACUCCAUUGUUCACCGAUACUCAAGAACAUAUUUCAUUGUGGUUCCCUUUGUUAACUGGUUUGGCUAGGGUUACAAGUCACCAAGAUCCUGAUUUACGUUCUUAUGCAUUGGAUACUUUGUUUAGAGUUUUGGCUUUAUUCGGUAGUACUUUUAGUAGCAAACUUUGGGAAUUGAUUUUCCGUGGUGUUUUAUUACCAAUUUUCGAUAAUGUCGGCUACAGUAAAGGUCAACAUGAAACUAUACUAGAGGAUACUCGUUGGUUAAAACAGACUGGCAAUCAUGCUUUCCAAAGUUUAACUGAAAUGUUUAUAAAUUUCGUUGACAUUGUUUGUUUCCUCUUGGAUGAUAUGUUGGAUUUACUAGUAAGUUGUAUCCUUCAAGAGAAUGAACUAUUAGCUAAAACCGCUGGUACUUUCUUAAUUCAAUUGGUUUCAACAAAUGGUUCAAAAUUCUCUCAAACUCAAUGGUCAAAUAUAGUUUCACAAUUUUAUAAAAUAUUUCAAACAAAUACACCAUUUGAAAUUUUCAAAUUAAUUGAAUUUGAACAAAAUAUUCAAAAUAAUAAUGAAAAUAUUGUAAAUAAUAAUAAUAGUAUCAAUAAUAAUAAUAUUAAUAAUAAUAAUAAUAAUUUAAAUGGUCAUAAUGAUAAUUCAUUAUCAAAUAUUUCAGGUACAUUAUCAAAACAACAACAACAACAUUUAUUAUUAUCAUUAUCAAAACAACAACAGCAAUAUUUAAGUAGUGUUGCUCAUAGUGGUAAUGAAAAAUCUCAUUCUGCUCCAAUUUCACCAGUUUUAGAUUCUUCAAAUAAAUUAAAUAAUAGUAAUAGUAAUAGUAGUAAUAAUAAUAAUAAUAAUAAUAAUAAUAAUAAUAAUGUAUCACAACAAUCAAAUUCAAAUAUAAAUCCAUUAUCACAAUCAAAAUCUGAUAAUGAAAUUUCUUUAAGAUCUUCAACAUCAUUACCAACAACACCAGUAGUUUUAACACCACCAGUUAUUAGAAAAGAAUUAAAUAGUAUUAAUGAGGAGCACCACUCUAUAAUAAAUGGUAGUAGUAAUGAACAAAUAUCAUCAAUAACAACAAUAACAAAUGAAAAUUCAUCAUCAUCAUCAUCACCAGCAUCAGUAUCACAUUCAAGAUCAAAUUCAGAUUUACCAUCCACCACAUCAACACCAAUUAAAUCACAUAGUAGAUUACCAUCAAGUUCAAAUGUUAAUUUAACAAUAUUUAAUCAACAAUAUUUAAUUAAUCAAAGUAAUAAUAAUAAUCAAAGUCAAAAUAAUCAAAGUCAAUAUACCAAUACAAUUAAUAAUAUUCAAUCGAAAUGUUCAGUUCAAUUACAAAUGGUACAAGCCAUUAAUGAUAUUGCAAUCUCUCAUUAUGAAUAUUUAAAUACUUCUCAACUUUUCUGUUUAGGUGAUUGUUUACAAUUAACUUUUACUUUUUGUCAAGAUGCUCUCGUUGAACAACGUUUAAUUAGUUCCCUUAAAAAAGUUGGUCAAACUUUUGAUAUCUUAAAAAAGAAAGCGAUCACUGGUUAUUUAAAUCUUUUAAUGAUUUUAUAUUCUGAAAAAGAUAUUGAUGUUGAAAAUAGAUCAAUUCAUUCUGAAUUUAGAUUAAUUAAUUUAUGUCAAGAAUUAAUUCAAAUUUAUAUUUCAAAUCCAAAUGAAACAAUUGUUCAAUCAUCAACUAUAUUACAAAUUUUACAAGGUAUUUUAUCAUUUGAUGAUGAUAAAUUUUUAAGAAAUACUAGUAUCUAUUAUGAAUUAUUAAUUCAAUUAUUGGUUCAAGAAAAUAAAGAAAUUAGAUCAAAUUUAAGAGAUAUUUUAAUUAGAAUUGGUAAAUUACAAGGUACAAUUAAUAAAUAA